ACGCGCCUACUAGAGCGGCGCGCGGGCGCAGCGCGCACAGACGUGCGGGGCGCUGCAGGCUGCCGAUGGAGCCGGAGCAGCGCCCCCCGGCCGUGGAGUUCGUGCCGGGCGGCCGCUGCGGCGCCCGGGGCCCCGGCAACGCCUUCAACUCCUGGAACGACUACCUGGGGCUGGCCACGCUCAUCACCAAGGCGGUGGGCGACGACAAGGGCUUCCGCGCCGCGCCCGCACCAGGAGGGCCGGCCGCGGAGGACGAGGACGAGGAGGACGACGAGGAGGAGGACGAGGAGGAGGCGCCCUACUUCGAGGGCGCGCUGGACCUGCACGCGCUGGAGCUGUGCGGCCACCGCGGGCUGCUGGAGGAGCGCUUCGCCGCCUGCCGCCCCUGCCCCGGCCGCGCCGGCCCCGCCGCCGUGCUCCUCGACUGCGCGGCCGGCCGGCGGGCCCGGGCCCGGGCGCGCUCGCCGCCGGGCUGGGGCUGGGGCUGGGCGGCGCCGCCCGCGCGGCUGCUGAAGCCCGAGCUGCAGGUGUGCGUCUUCUGCCGGAACAACAAGGAGGCGGUGGCGCUGUACACCACGCACAUCCUCAAGGGCCCCGACGGCCGCGUGCUGUGCCCGGUGCUGCGCCGCUACACGUGCCCGCUGUGCGGGGCCAGCGGGGACAAUGCGCACACCAUCAAGUACUGCCCGCUCUCCAAGGCGCAGGGCAAGGCGCCGCUCAAACACGCCAGGACCGUCUUGGGCAAGAAGCUGCGCUAGGCGGGCCGGCCCGGCCCCGGCACUGCCCGCCGGCACCGGGGUUUUAACGCGGAGCCCCGCAGCCGGACUCGGAGCGGCGCCCCAGGCUGAUGCGGUGCAAGGACUCCGGAUGGACGCGGGGUCUGGCCCGAGGGAGGCGCAGGAUGAGCUGAUGCUAUAGAGGGUGGGUGGGGUGGGGUGGGAUGGGGGGGAAAUCUAUAUAUCUAAUUUUAAACAGAGAAGAGAUGAGUUUAAAGAAAUGUGCCGAGGACUGGAUUUGAGAAGAGGGUUUUUUUGGGGUGGGGGGGGGUUGUUUUUUUGUGUGGCUUUUUUGUUUUUUUAAUCUCAAACGUUUCGCGGUGGCGCCCACCCUCCUUCCCUCCCUCCCUGGUCUUACGGCUUCCCGGAGCCGAGGGAGAGUGCUCUGCCAUGGGCUGGAGGGGGGUGGCACUACCCGGCCCGGUGGUUGUAAGUAGGUAGGUAGGUCGGUCCAGCGGAUGCAGUGAGGGCUGCUGUGCGGUGGGGGGUGGGGGAUGAGGCCGGCAGUGUCAUGAUGGGGGGGGUGGGUGGGAGGGUGAGGAGCUACCGUGGUCGCUCGCCAGUUGUUGUUUGUGUUUGUUUUUUAAAUGAAAUCUGGGUUUCAUUGUACUGUGUUAUUGGAGGGAAGGGGUCUAAAAUCAAUGCUCCCCCCUUUCAUCCAUCCCCUGUUUUCCCCGGUUGGUCAUAUCGCCUGUACUGGCCACAGCUGGCAAUAGAGCUGUUUGGAUUUGGGGGUUUUUGUUUUUGUUUUUAUACAAUGAAAGUAAAGGCAUCACAGACUUCA